UGCACGAGACGAGGAGCAAGUGAAGUGAAGCUUGACUGACACAUCCCAUCGAGAGCCUCACAUUCACGCACUCAAACACAGGCACCGACAGUCAUCUUGCUCUGGUCCGCCACCUCUCGUUAUGCUUCUGCGAUAGCAAAACAACCCCACUAUUGGCGAACUGAACCAUGGAGGAAUUCGAGUACACACUCGAGAAUAGCCAGCAGUUCUGGGAUGAGCUCGAAGACAUUGUAUCUGCGAAUUGUCCCUCACAUCAAUUGAUCGAUAAUGCCCUGCGAUCAUACCUCUACUUCACUACGAGAUUCAAGGACGAGUACCUUGCUUCUGACUAUGACUUUGCGCAGUGUUUGCGAAAGCUCUUUCAGAGUUCGCUGUUCGACAAGAACAAGGAGUAUGUGAGGACUCAGAUUGUGUACAGUCUACUGCAAGAGGACGAGCCCGCAUCUCUCCACGUCAUCGCAAGCUUCCUCCUCUUCGACGGCAGGCAGAACGAGGCUACAUUUGAAAUGAUGAACAAUGAAGGCUGCUUCCCAAGGCUGGUGGACUUGAUCAAGAAAGGAAAGAGAGACGAUGCCAGACUGCAUCGAAUGCUAUUAGAACUACUUUACGAGAUGUCCAGAGUUCAGAAAAUCAGUUCUGAAGACCUCGGCGUUGUGGAUGACGACUUCUGCCAAUAUCUGUUCCAGAUUAUUGAAGAGUUGUCCGACGAUGUAGAUGAUCCAUAUCAUUAUCCGGUUAUCAGGGUCCUGCUAGUGUUGAACGAACAAUGGAUGGUAGCGUCCACGAGAUCUCCAGUCGAAUCACAUCCUCCUUCCACACCAUUAACGAACCGGGUGAUCAAGCUAUUAUCACUUCAUGGCUCGUCCUGUAUGACAUUCGGGGAGAACAUUAUCCUCCUUCUGAACCGCGAGACAGAAACCUCCCUACAACUCCUCAUUCUGAAGCUCCUUUACCUUCUCUUUACCACCAAAGCAACCUAUGAAUAUUUCUAUACAAACGACCUGCACGUCCUCUUGGAUGUGAUCAUUCGCAACCUACUCGACCUCCCUAAUGAACUGAUCUCCUUGCGACACACAUACCUUCGAGUCCUAUACCCACUAUUAGCACACACCCAGCUCAACCAGCCACCACACUAUAAGCAAGAUGAGAUAAUUAAGGUGUUGAGUAUCCUCGGUGGAUCAGCAAAUACCCACUGGGAGCCCGCGGAUGAGACCACUGUUCGUCUCGUUGAGCGUGUUGCCAAAGUCCCAUGGCUCCGCGACGAAGACGUUAGUGAAGGCGAAGUCGCAAGGAAGCUCUUGGGUAUCUCGCUAUCUCCCACACAGACCGCGAGCAUGGUCAGCGUAGUCGAUGUUGCGGCCGUGAUGGAGAAGCCUGGUGUCAAAACACCGAGCAGGAAAACCGAAUUCGAAGAAGAAAUUCAUAAUUUCGAUGGUGCAGCAGACAGGAAAGAGAGUCAUGAAUUAGAGGUUCAUAUGCCUGUGAAGAAGAAGCCGCCUCCGCCAGCGAGAAGGACAAAGCAUGCUCCACCUCCUAUCCCGCCAGUGCUGCAGGUCAAUGGAGGGAAGAUCCCACCGAAAGCCCCGCCGAGGAGGCGGACGAGAUUGAAACCCAUGGCUUCUACUGGGGAUUUAGAGAGCAAGGCUCGAGAGAGUUGAUACUUCUUUCUUGCUUGAUUUGUUAUUGUGGUCUGCAUUUGCGAGAGCGAUGGCGUUGCAAGGGCUAGGAUUGGGAAAUUGAUGCUUUUGCAUGGAAUCGGCGUUGUGGGAUAGUAUCACAAACAUGCCAACUAAAGUAAUCAGACAAAGAUAAUUCGUUC